AAAACCAAAAAUUAAAGAAGAGAAGCUCCACUCCAUCCAAGCUCUCUCUCUCUCUCUCAACAAACCCUAGCCCCUUAUCUCACAGAUAUACGUACAUACCCAUCUAUAUCUAUAUAUAUGGCUUCUCUGUUUCUGCCAUCGCCUUCGUCUUCUUCAACAUCCUCAUCUUCUUCUUUGUUCUCUCGUUGCUCGUUCAACCACCGGAGCUUCCUUCUCAAUGAAUCUCGUCCUCGAAUAAACAGCGUCAAAUGUGAUCUCGGUGAACCAUUGAAUGGAAAGCCAUGUAUUCCGAUACUUGUUGAUGGAGCUCCACCCAAGUUCUUGGCAUCCAAGCGUCUGGAGAGUGCAUUUAAUAGAAACAAUACCCGGUUGAAAAUUUUCUCUGGCACAGCAAAUCCUUCUCUUUCUCAGGAAAUUGCUUGGUACAUGGGCCUUGAUCUGGGAAAAAUCAAAAUAAAGCGGUUUGCUGAUGGCGAGGUUUAUGUUCAAUUGCAAGAAAGUGUUAGAGGAUGUGAUGUGUACUUGGUGCAGCCCACCUGCCCUCCAGCAAAUGAAAAUCUCAUGGAGCUUUUAAUAAUGAUAGAUGCUUGUCGAAGGGCAUCAGCUAAAAAUAUAACUGCUGUGAUUCCAUAUUUUGGAUAUGCCAGAGCUGAUAGAAAGAUUUGUGGUCUGAGCAUAGCUGAAAUGACAGAAUACAAACAUUGGGUAUCUGGCAGACAUACACAAGGGCGUGAAUCCAUCGCUGCAAAACUUGUGGCAAACCUAAUCACAGAAGCAGGUGCAGAUCGUGUUCUUGCUUGUGAUCUGCAUUCCGGGCAGUCCAUUGGUUACUUUGAUAUUCCAGUGGAUCAUGUGCACUGUCAGCCUGUGAUUCUUGACUAUCUUGCUAGCAAGACGAUUUGCUCUAAUGAUAUGGUCGUGGUCUCACCUGAUGUUGGAGGGGUGGCUAGAGCACGUGCUUUUGCAAAAAAAUUAUCUGAUGCGCCUUUAGCCAUUGUGGAUAAAAGACGGUAUGGGCACAAUCUUGCUGAGGUGAUGAAUCUCAUUGGUGAUGUUAAAGGAAAAGUUGCAGUUAUGGUGGAUGAUAUGAUUGACACUGCUGGUACCAUUGCAAAAGGUGCAGCUCUGUUACAUGAGGAGGGGGCCAGGGAAGUCUAUGCUUGCAGUACUCAUGCUGUUUUUAGCCCUCCUGCAGUCGAAAGGUUGUCCAGCGGGCUGUUUCAAGAAGUCAUCAUUACAAACACAAUACCAAUGAUGGAGAAGAAAAACUUCCCACAGUUGACGGUUCUUUCAGUUGCCAACCUACUGGGAGAAACCAUUUGGCGUGUUCAUGAUGAUUGUUCAGUGAGUAGCAUUUUUCAGUAACGUGGAUUCUUGUAUUGACCGAUAGCAUCUCCCACCUUAUGUGCUAGCGGGUGGGAAGGUUCUUGUCUCCCCUCUCUCAUUCCAUCAGAUUUGUUUCCUUAUAUACCCUUUCCUUUUUCUUUUCCUUUCCUUUUCCUCUCCCUCUUCGUUGACCCCUUCCCUUUCCACCCUGUCCAUCCUUUGCCUUGCUAAAAAAGGUUAGAGCACCUUGCCUCCAGUUUAUCAGCCUUCAAGCCAACAGAGCUGGUGUUUUCUUUUUUGGGAGAGGUUUCUCUCCGGAGCAGAUGCCAUGGGCUUCACUUUGAUAAUCUGAUCUAUUCAUUUUUUAGGCCAUUGUAAAAAAUGAUAAUCAUAAUUACGUGAUUUCAUCAUAAUUGACAAAAUCAUGUGAUUAUGAUUAUUGAAUCAAUCUUAUUUUUUCGUGAAUAAUUUACUCAGAGGGGCGUCUAUAUAAGAUGAAAUGAUCAAAUCAUCGAAAUGAAAUAUGAUCCAUGUUGGGCUCAUGCACUCAAAUUGAACUGGUAUGUAUUGGAGAGAAGCGCAACCAAUCGUAUUCCUUAUCCUCUUUUGCUGUUUAGAGUAUUGACAUGGAGCUUCUUGAUUUCAUCAGAUUAGGUAUUUUGAUUUCUGACUAAAAACCCAUUAGUAGAUUGUAUUGGAAAGAUCUCUUCUAUGAUUUCUGUAAACCAUUAUUGAAAUGAUAAAUUUAUGCAUGUUCCUAUUUUAUAGUA